GAACCAAGCAGGACUAGGCCUUGAUGUGGCUUGCUCCAGCUCUGGGGGAAGCAUAUAAAGAGGCUCAUCCUACAUGCACAAAAAAGCAAAUUAUCAUUACAUAGUACAUUCCAAUUUCCUCUCUUUCACUCACACACCUUCCCCAUCUCCUUUACUCUUCAUACCUCCCCCAUCCUCAUUCCUUAUCACCACGUGAUCCAAGAUGCUCGGCCAGAACCAAAGAACCGCUGCCCGCGUCAUCGGCCGAGUCCGCUGCCCAGCCAAACCCCGUGCCCACAAUGCUCGUUUCCAGUCCACCUCGUCAGGUGCAGCUUCCUCCGGUGCCAAUUCUGCCUUGAUCGGCGGCGUUGCUGGUGGUGCUUUUGCCGCGGCGGUCGGAUACGCGUGGUACUCAUACUCCGGCGCCAAGACACUGGUCGACACCAAUAAACAAGCCAAGCAAUACCUCGAACAAGCGAAGCAGAAACUCGCCGAAAACGCUCCCGAAGCCAGCGAGUCGUAUGCCUGGUUCAAGAAGACGGUCACCCGCUACGCCGUGUACGUUCCGGGCGCCCGCGAAUACGUCGACACCGCGUUCAAGGAUCUGGAAAAGAUCAAGGAGAACCAUGGCGAGGAAUUCGACAAGGUCAUCCAGGAUGCAUACAAGGAGCUGAGCGAUGUCUCGAAGAAGGGCGGUUUCGAUACGAAUACGGCAUUCGAGGCAUUCCACAUUCUGCAGAAGCACCUUGAUCGUCUGCUGGAUUUGGCUGGUGACGUGGGCGAGGAUAUCUUGGAUAACCACCCCAAGUUGAAGGAGAAGCUGGGCGGUAGCUUCGAUCAGCUCAAGCAGAUGGGCGAUGCCUACGGACCUCAGGCCAAGGAGGAGGUGAACAAGACGUGGAGUCAAGUUUCGGACAUUGUGAAGCGCGGCGCAAGCCUAGAUGCGGUCGCGGAGAUCAAGAAGUUGAUCGAUGAGAAGAGGGAAAAGCUUCAAAGGCUCGGCGAUGAGGCGUGGCAGAAAGGUCUUGACGAGUCUCGCCAAUUCCUCGAGAAGAAUCCCCAGCUGAAGUCACUGGUUGAGGAGAAUGCCGAUGCACUUAAGAAGGGCAACUUCCAGGACUUGUGGGAGAAGUUGAAGGAUAGCGCUUCUUCUGGCAAGACGGAGGACGUGGAGAAGUAUGUCAAGGAGAAGGUUGAUCAAGCGAAGAGCAGCGGAUUCGGGGAUCUGGAUAAGUGGUUGAAGGCGAUUCCCGGGGGUUCCAACAUUCUCCCUCAGUUGCAGACACUACAGACUGUUGCACAGAAGAAGGGAGGUGAGGCCGAGAAGGUGCUCAAGGAGACGUUUGAGGAGAUCCAAGAAGUCUUGAAGAAGAGAAAGGAACAGGUCGAGAAGAUCGCCGAGGAAGGAAAGAAAGAGGCCAAAUAAGCUCUACAUGGCUCGACCAUGACAUGUAUAUAAAUAGUAUCAAUUCAAGCGGUGUAUCUACCUGAAAAUCCUUGGUGACAAUGUAGUACAGGGUGUUACAAUAUAAAUUGUACUUUUAUAUCCAAGGAAUAACAGGUGUGUGCACUUCGCAAUCCCAGCUGGACCAUAGCCCGUCCAGUAAAUGCGCCUUUGCCAAGCCCUGUCAUCAGCCACUCGUAUAUUUA